GAUUGCUUACAGCAUUCUUCAAAAUAAUUUCUUCUGUGUUCAGGUUUGAAAUGACAUGAGGGUGAUUGUCAUUUCUGGGUGGAAUGUCUCUUUAAGUAGGCCUACAUCUAAUGUAUGCGUUCCAUAGAAAGAGUUUUCUUAUCCAAGUCAUUAUUAAGUCAAUAAAAUGAUCAUGAAACUAUUUCAUAUAUAUCCCCCACACACCUUCCCUGCUCUGACACCACAGAAGGUCAUUGCGCAAUUUCGUACCCUAAUUAAAUCAGCCCUCUGCACUAAAAUAAGCAGGGUCACCAAUCGCAGUCAGCAGAAAACAGAUGGCCCUUGAGAAGAUUCCCAGCAGCACAACCACAGCGAAACUCACAUUCAUUCAGUUAUAUAAUAAUAAUUGUGCCUUUCUGGGAUCAGCACAAACAAAGAGGUGACUCAACACCUACAAUUUGCUCAAAAUCAGCGUCAAGAUGCCAGUGGACAGAAUGAGAAUGCGCCCCUGGUUGGAGCAACAGAUCGAAAGUGGGCAAAUUCAAGGUCUUCACUGGGUCAAUGAGGAGAAAAAGAUAUUUCAGAUACCAUGGAUGCAUGCAGCCAGACAUGGAUGGGAUUUGGAAAAGGAUGCACCUUUAUUUAUGAACUGGGCCAUUCACACAGGAAAGUAUCGUCCAGGUAUUGACAAACCAGACCCUAAGACGUGGAAGGCAAAUUUCCGCUGUGCUAUGAAUUCUCUACCAGACAUUGAGGAGGUGAAAGACAAAAGCAUGAAGAAAGGAAGCAAUGCCUUCAGAAUGUACAGAAUGCUUUCCUCGUAUGAAAAAGCUGUUAAGAAAGGCUACACAAUCAUGGGGAAGACUGCUGAUCUGACAGUUGUCCAGAAGACAAUCAUUGACACCCUUCACAAGGAGGGGAAGAAAAAGAUGGACCUGGAGCAAAGAGCAAAAAGGGUUUUUCAGAAACGGAAAGCUGGCAUUCCCAAAAAAUAUAAAAUGACAAAAGAACAAAGUGAAGAGAACUUAAUGGAAGAAACUACACCGGACAGCACUGUGCUAUUUACUGAGCAGGAGAGCUUGCCUGUGCCCACGUCAUCUGUGAGGGAGAUGGCUGUAGCUGAAUUAACUGAUGUGUGUGCCGUUGUUGAGGUGGCAACGGAGAAUGAAGAACCUGCGUUUAGCUCCACUGAAGUGUGUCUGCCUCUCCAGGACUCCCAUGUUUCAUCCUACAGUGAAAGUGACACAGAGAGCACAUACAGCGAGGAAGACUUAGUACAGCUUCCCCAGGACUUGUCUUUAAAAGCUUCACAAAGAUCAGCAUGCAAUUCUGUGUUACGGAUCCCAUCGUCAGCCCAGUCCUCACCAAACACAUUUUUCACAUCAACAAAAAUAAAUUUCAAAGUGACCAACUGCAGAGAGGACUCGCCCCUAAUUGCGUACAACACUCCUCCAUGGUUUCAGUGCCUUUUUAAUUUCCAAAAAGUCACAGACAAAGAACCCUCAAGCACUUCCCCCUCACCUGAUCUCACCAGCAGCCCGACUUCUCAGGCAAGUGUGAUCGCUAAAGCUGUGGACCUCUCCGUUGCAAAACACAAAACACUACAGUGAAGAUACUUUAACAACCCGCUGCUGUUUAGCUGAUACACCUACAACCCCAUUAUUCAGCAUUAAUCAAGUACUCUCAGGUGCAAGAUUUCCCUCAAAUAUUAUCCUGUAUUCGUGUUCAGCUUUUAAAACCAAACAGAGUUCCAAGCUAUCUGAAUCCGUUAUACUAUUUUAUUUCUGAGAUAUUUUGCAACGCACUACCUCAUUCUCAUAACGGUGUUAAAUAUGUAACUUGUAUAACUACCUCACGGAUGUGACACUUGAUCACAGAAGUUGUCAGUGUAAGCUAGUAAUGCAGCAUUGGGAGAAUAUGCUUGUAUUAAUUUAGCAUUGGAGUGACAUUUCAUACUUGUUGACAAAAGAUAUAAUAAAACAAAGAAUGAAAUAGAACCGUUACUGGGGAAUUUUUAAGGGGAAUUUGCAUGUAUAUUUUUCUACAGGGAACUGUAGCACAAUAAGUUGGUUUUUUUUUCAAAGAAAUGGUUAAGGUUUUGUACACUUUCAUAUGAAACGGUCAUGUCUGAAUGCAUUGAGUUAACAAAUUUGACAUGUUCGUCACUUCAUAAGAACAGAAUUACUGAACUGUCUACCUGGAAACAUUGUUUUACUUGAGGUUUAGCUCUCCCAUGUCCAUAGGGCUAUAAAUACUUGAAUAGAGACUCACU